AUGUCAUUAAGCCUUUCCUGUUCUGGAAAAUUAAGGAUUCUUGAUAAGGCUGUCAUUGCUUUACACAAUAUGUUGGUUGAGGCAAUUCGUACAUACCCUUUAAUGAAAAUAACCGGUGAUAACUUGGAUAUGUAUAUCAGAACAAACCACCAAAGGACAGAUAAUAGCAACCAGGAUAUACACUGGUUUGCCUCUAAUGCAUUUUUCACCAGACUUAAUUACCAAAAUCUUCCAGAGACAUAUAAAGCCUUAUUUAAAAGCGAUUCAUUGGGAGAGUGUGGAACUUUGUUUCACAUGAAGACAGCAUUAAGGAGGAAUGAUGUUAAUGGAAAUGUAAAAUCAAACUACAAAGCCCAUGAAGAACUAUUUCUGCUAAUUGUUAAAGCAUUAAUUCACAUAGCUUCAGAUGAAAUCAAGGACUGCAGAGAACAAAACAGAGACAUUGUGCUUAGUAGUGUUUUUUCAAAGAUUUAUGGUUUGUUUAUUCUUAGGUCUAGGAUACAGUACAGACGAUUAUGUUUACAACUAUUUCACAAAUUUAUUAACCUGGGGAUGCAAAUUGUGAAUAUGAAUGACACAGCAAAGGAGGGGGACAUGGAGAGACUCAUAAUGAAUAUGAAGGAAAAUGCUGCCUUUUUUUACAGCCACUCAGCAAUGAGUAAAUAUUUUUCUGAAUGCAUUAAUACCAUCUUGCAAGUAGAUCACCUUUCAUCCCCUCGUAUGAAAAUGAGACAGCUAGAAGGGGCAUUCAUCAAUACUAAAGGGGGAAAUGGUAAAAAAAUGGAAGCAGACCUUGUGCAGGAGCAUGCCAUUAGAAACCAGAAAGACUUAAUAAGAGGUCUAGACAUGCACUAGUAGUAUUUGGUGGUGUUAUAGGCUUACAGACAAGUUUAGAUGCAGAUGAAGCGCUGAAUGUAGAUAAUCCCAGCUUGUUGUUCCAACAUUACCUCAACACCUGCCCGUGUCAAGGGAGUCGCACCAUCAGAACUGAAGAAGCCUUUUUGAUCACAUUAUCAUCACUACGACCACAACUUCACAGAAACAGAUCUCCAGAUUCAUGACAAAAAUAAAUUGUUUGUUUUAUCA